AUGCUCGUGUCGCCAGAGCUCAUGAUGCAUGUCGGACCGCCUCCUCAGGAGGUGCUUGACCAGCGGUGGCUAUGGAAGCUCCUGAUGGCCGGCUUCAUGCUGGUUUUCAUUUUGCAGGUCAUCGCGCUGGAUGUGGCCGGUGCCCUUCUGACGGGUCUACUCCUGGGCUUUGGUUGGGUCAUGCUGCGAGAUGGCAUGACCGAAAUGGCCAAGUAUGCCCUCAUCUACGCAGUGUUGUGUGGCCUGAACUUCUUUUUCGAAGUUCUACCGCUGAUCAGCGAGCUCAGUGGAAGGGUCACAAGGAGAGCCGAGUUGGCAACGCCUUCGGUAGAGGUGAACGGGACCCGUGUGCCACGGCCUGAGGUUUGCACCAUUGGGAGGCUACGGACGACGGAGUGUGUUUGA